UGGGCCUGUUGCUGCAAGACCUCCUGGGGCUGAGGGGGGAGGCUGGACGGACAUGGACAUGUCGGAAGAAGUACCUGGCCAAUCUAAGAUUGAAGAAGAUGCUUGGUGGAUUGCGGAUGAAUGUCAUGGAGGGAUGUCCGGUCAGCUGCUGUCUGGAGAAGUGAAGGAUCUCAAGCCAGAACAUGCUUUGGCGUCGACUCAGGCAUUACUGUGCAGCUGUAAUGUGCCAGGCAGCCUGCCACAGGAGGGCUGCAUCAUUAUUGUGGACUCAGACAGCGACGAAGAAUUGGAGCCCUUUGUGACCAAAAAGAAGCAGCAGAAACAGAACAUUAGCUGUGUGGUGAUUGACUCAGACUCUGAGGAUGAGUACUUCCGUGAGAACGUCAGAGCUCAGGCAUAUGAAAUAAGCAGUGAAGAUGAAGUUCUAUAUGUGUCUUCUAACAUUGAGAAGCCUGCCAUCGAUGAGCCUCCAAUAGUUAUUUCUGAUGAUGAUAGUGAUUUCGAGGGCCCCGUGAUGAUCAUAGAUGACAAUUUGUGUGGUCAGGGCCAAAGCUCCUCAAAUGAAAAAGAGAUGGAGGCCUUUGAUGUCUGCCAGCACAAUUCAUCUGCUGGUGUUGCUGAGCUGGGCAGUGGUGAAAAUCUCUGCCCACCGCCAGGUGCUGCUGAGACUGAGGUGGAGAUUGCAAAUGAAGAGCCAGCACCUGUGGUGGAGCAAACAAGGAAAAGGAAGAGCAAAACCAAAAAUAUAUGUGUGGUGCCCGCUGUUACAGCACCAAAAACACGUGGGCCUUCAAAGAAUUUUGCUUCUAAGAGGAAGCCCCAUGCAGCAAAAUGUGACAAAAGCCACACUGGGCAUUCCGUUUGUGAAAUACCUGGAUGUUUCUUGCAUGACGUGGAAAAGGCAAAGCAGUAUUCUGGAAGGAAGUUCAAGAAAAAUAAGGACAGCCUGGUUCAGGAAAUGUACAGUCUGUUUAACAGAUCUGUCUUUGACCAAAAGCUGCCAGAGAAAAUCGAUAUCGGCUGGAAUAAGAAGAUGCUGAGAACUGCUGGCUUGUGCACCACUGGCGAGACACGGUACCCGAAGAAGGAGCGUUACGCGAAGAUCCAGAUUUCUCUGAAAGUCUGCGACUCCGCAGACCGCCUUCGGGAUACUUUGAUCCAUGAAAUCUGCCACGCGGCCUCCUGGCUGAUUGAUGGUGUUCGUGAUUCUCAUGGCGACUCAUGGAAGUUUUAUGCCAAAAAAUCGAACCUGGUGCACCCAGAGCUGCCCCUGGUCACCCGUUGCCAUAACUACAAGAUUAACUACAAGAUUCAUUAUGAAUGCACUCAGUGCAAAGCCAGAGUCGGCCGUUACACCAAAUCAUUGAACACUGACCGCUUUAUCUGUGCCAAGUGCAAGGGGACUCUGGUCAUGCUGCCGCUAACUCGUAAGGAUGGGACCCCCAUUGCGCCCCAUGUGAGACCAUUUGCCAAGUAUGUGCAGGAGAAUUAUAGAUUGGUUAAGCAGUCAGCGGAAGGGCUAAGCCAUGGCGAUGUGAUGAGACAGCUUAGCAAGGAUUAUGCCCUUAAGCAUAAGCGAAAUCCUUAAGGUUAUCUGAGACUAUACUUGUGCGAGCUGAGUCCUCCACUGCUAAGAAGUUUUAGAAAACAUUUGUUUCUGCAAUGAAUACUAGGAUUUAAGUGCGUUUUUAUAGCUUCAUAGUGUAGUGAUGAUUGUUCUUAACUAAGGAUUCUGUUGGUAACCAUUCUGUGCCUUUGACAGUACUCAGAAGCCCUUUGGGUCCACCUUGGGUGUUACUUAGACUCCAUAGUUUUAAGACAUAGAACAAAAUACAGUAAGAGAAGCACAUAGUUUUAAGACUAAGACAUAGAACAAGAUACAAUAAGAGAAACCCAUAGUGUUAAGACGUAGAAUAAGAUAUAGUAA